GUUAUGCCUUUUGGCCUUACAUAUGCCCCGACCACAUUCCAAGCGGCUAUGACAACAGAGUUCUGACACAUGCUGGAUAGAUUCGUACUCAUCUACCUCGACGAUAUCUUGGUGUACAACCGGAGUUUGGACGAGCAUGUGGAGCACCUGCACACCAUUUUGGAGCGGCUACGACAAGCCAAGUACAAAGCCAACCGCGACAAAUGCGAAUUCGCGCGGCAAGAGCUGGAGUACUUGGGACAUUAUGUGACGCCGCAAGGCAUCCGUCCGCUUGCGGACAAGAUCGAGGCCAUCUGCGUAUGGCCCGGGCCCACCAACACCACGAACGUUCAUUCAUUCAUGGGGUUGGUAGGCUACUAUCAACGCUUCAUCACCAGGUACUCAAGGAUUGCCGCACCUAUGAUGAGAUUACAAUCGCCAAAGGUGCCAUUCGUAUUAGAUGACGACGCACGCCGGUCAUUCCAAGCACUCGAGACGACCAUGCUCAUGGCACCCGUCCUGAGCAUCUAUGACCCCACACUGUCAACGAGAGUGACAAUCGAUGCCUCCGGCUAUGGCAUUGGGGCAGUCUUGGAACAACAUGACGGCGACGACUGGCACCAUGUGGAGUAUUUCAACCACAAAGUGCCUCCCAUCAAUUCACUGGAUGAUGCAAGGAAGGAGUUGCUCGCGUUCGUGAUGGCUCUCAAGCGAUGGCGACACUUCCUCCUUGGGCGUCCAGAUGCAUUCUCGCGAAGACCCGAUUUUUGCGCUAUGACACAUCAUGCCUUCGCAUUUGAUGAGGAACUCCAACGACACUUCAUCCGGGGUUAUGAGUCCGAUCCGGAUUUCGCCACGUUAUAUGCGCAGCUAUCUUCGGAUCACCCGCCGGCCAGCCAUUAUCACAUCGUUGACGGGUACUUGCUCCUCCACUCGAGAGGCAAGGACUUAUUGUGUCCCCCACGCGACCGUCGUCUUCGGACUCGCCUUCUCGGUGAGUACCAUGACUCGCAACGCGCCGGCCAUUUUGGAGUCAAUCGCACUAUUGCACGGCUUGGGCAACGAUUCCGAUGGUCUGACCUCAUUACCAAAGUCACUCGGUAUUGCGACUCUUGCGAAGUUUGCCGACGAAGCAAGCCCCGCAACCGCAAUCCCUAUGGCGAGUUGCGCCCGAUGCCUAUCCCACAGAAACCCGGCCUCUCCAUUGCCAUGGACGUCACCGGUCCGUUUCCCCACGACCGGCUCGUGCAGGACGACAUCCUCACGGUCGUUGACCGUUUGAGUAAGUAUGCGCGAUUUCUUCCUUGCAAGUACUACGCCACGGCUCCCGAACUUGCUCGCCACCUACACACCAGCUGGAUUUGCAGUCAUGGCGUGCCGGAAGACAUCGUCAGCGACCGCGACACUCACUUCAUGUCGGCAUUUUGGACUUCUCUCAUGCAGGAAUCCGGCACGAAGAUGAAACCAAGUUCGGCUCGGCAUCCACAAACGGACCGACAAACAGAGCGGACACAUCAAACCGCUCAAAUGAUGCUUCGUACGCUCAUCCGUUCGGAUCAGAAGGAUUGGGUUGACCGCCUCCCCGACAUCGAGUUCGCCUACAACACUUCGUUGCAUCCGACGAUCGGCGUAACUCCAUUCGAGUUGCACCACGGUGGCCGGAAAGGCCGUAUCUUCGCUGAUCUUCUCCUCCCACGAACAGCCGACAUAGACGCUGCUUGCUCCCCCGCUUCCGUUCGGAAGUACAGGGAAUUGCUGGCUCAAGCCCGAGCGAACAUGCAAAAGGCUCAAGUCCGCAUAAAGCAGCAAGCCAACAGGCAUCGCGUGCCAUGUCCCAUCCGCGCCGGUGAUCUGGUGUGGGUCUCCGCGGAAGAGUUUGCACUCGAACAGGAUGUUUCACGCAAACUGUUUCCCAAGUGCUUUGGACCAUGGCCUAUAACAUCAGCCGCGGGCGAUGAGCCCGAUGGCCCCUCAUUUGUGAUCAACAUUCCCCCACAUCUGACGGUCCAUCCAGUCUUUCACACCUCGAAGCUGGCAACAUACACACCAGCCAAGAGCGACGACUUCCCGGGCCGAAGAUCGCAAGAUCCUCCAUCUAUGAAUGGUCAUCAGGAGGUUGACCGCGUCAUAACGGAUCGCAAGUACGGCAGCAAGCCUCGACAGUACACAGUUACAUUCAAAGCAUGCGAUCCCGACGACACUCGCUGGAUUUCAGGAACAAAUUUGAAAGCAUCUGCACCGCUGAUCUACGCUCACUACAAGCGACAAAGGUUAGCUCAGGGAACUUCACGACCUGCCCCUCCCACCCGGACUGUGGUCCCUCCCUCAGACAGACAGCUUCGCCCUCGCAGGUAAGCUCGGUCUUUCACGGAGGGGGGUUGUGGCAUACUGCGCAGCCACACGGGCCUGCAGGGCCUGUCCCGCAGUCUCAGCCUAAAAGCCU